AUGGCUUUCCAAUUCAAAUUUAUAACCGUCAUUGCGAUCCUGUUGGGAUUAUCUGCUGUUAUUGAUGCUUCUGAUUUCAUCAUCUUCAAUGAAAAUCCCAUAAGUUUCUUGGAUUGUUCCACGCAACGAAAUCAAGUUUUAACGUAUUGGGAUGAAUGUAAUUUGCAGGUUCCAUUCGACGACUGUCCUCUUAAGAAACGACGUUCUAUUAGUGAUUUCGAUCUGGACACCGAAAAUAAUCAAGCACGCUAUACUAAAUUUGGAUCAGAAUUAACUGCAGGCCGUGGCUCAGCUGAUUCGUUUUUGAAAUUUGGUCAUCCAAUGUAUGCUCGAUUGGCCCCGUUAAAUUUGGAAAGAUUAGACGAAAAAUGUUGUAUGCCUGCUCCAAAUCCUCCAGCUCAAUGUUUGGCUUUACCCUCUCUCUGCCCAGCUGGCAGCAGUUAUGAUGAAUCAACUUAUGAACAAAUGGUCAUCGGUGGAUGCGAAAUUUUUAUUGAAGAAAAUCUUUGAUUGUAACGCAGUAUCACGUUGUAAUCGAAAGCAAGCAGACUAUCUAUUUAGUAUAGCUAUAAUAUUCCGCUAUAGUUUGAUUGACAGUAUUAACUUGAUUAAUAACCAUAUAGCAUGAUGAUGUGAAGAAAAAUAAAAU